AUGGAAUUGAUCAGAUUUGGCAGCGCCACAGUGCUGUUCAUCUUGUCUCUUUUAAGCUCGUCUGCUUCAGCUUUCUCUGGCGAAUUCGAGAUAAGCGGGCUGGAGAUUGACGCGCCGUUUCAGGCAGAUCCCAAGUCAACCAAGAAUACCACUGUUAGCUUCGUUUUCAAUGACCAAAACACACCAAAAGCCAGCCCAGCUAGCUGCUCUCUGACGUGGGCAGUUGGUCUCAGCCCUCCAUCCCAAUCCCUGCCAGGGGUUUGCUCUGAUAGAUACGUACGUGCCUGGCUACCUAGUGGCACAUACAACGGGGUUGCAGACUUCCAGAUCGAGAUUACUCAUACUUAUGAGGAUAAUACCAUUGGAGAUCCUCCAUACAACAUCAAUACACUCUUUGGGUUCCUCAACCUCACUUCUGGCGACGCUGGAGAGAUGUCGAAUUAUACCUGCGACAUGGCUCGAGCGAAUUGUCGCUCAGUACCUGAAACGAUAAUGAUUGCAAAGGUACUCUACGCAUUUUCAUGA